ACUCCCUCCCCAGGGCCCCGGCUUUGUGGGGCUGGAACAGGGACAGUCUAGUGGGCCCUAGAGUUGGAGGGAGGAUGCCCUGGCGGAAGCUGACUUGGCUGGCUCUGUCCCUGGCUUCAUCUGCCUCCUGGGGUCUCUCCAGGAAGCAAGCACAAGUCGUUCAGAGUCCCUGAGACUGUGGGAUUAAAGUCAAGACCUUACAACCUGUAAACCAAAACAUGAGGAAAGAGCUACAGGAAGUACAGGAGCCAUCUCCAAGCCUUAGCGCCUUUCAAAGAGACUUAGCGCCCAGUUCAAGGACAGCUGCCCCUCUGCCCCAUGUGGAGGCCCCCGGGAGUCUCCCCCUCCCAGCCUGUUUAGAAGCCGCCCCUCCACCACCCUCCACACCCACCCGCCCUCCUCACCAGACUCCACUUCUGCCUGGUAGGCAGGGUGGUGCUGGAGACACAGGGCGCUAUCGAAGCUGUCCCAGGCCAGGGGCUCAGACAUCAGGGGCUCCCAGGGUAGGCCCUGGUCCCGAGCUGGCUCGCCAGCAUGCUGGCACAGUGUCCACACCACAGCGGAAGACCACAGAGCUUGCAGCGCUCCCAGGCCUCCCGUGCCUGUCACAGGGACUGGAAGGGACCGCGGCUCAGGGGAGGGCUGGGGCCAGGCGGCAGGGUGUUGGCAGCUGGAGGAGCCUCAGUGAGGCUCUGAGCACCAAAGGUGUGAAGACUCAGGGCUGAGGCUGCCUGGUGCCAAGUCACCCUCUCUUGGGGGUGGGAGUGGGUCUGCGGCCCUCUGGUGGCAGCAUGGCUGCCUCCACAAGGCUGCCCCGGUGUCUCCAUCAGCCUGGGCCUUCUGAGGGGCAGCCCACCCCUGGAGGGGACCCCCGGUCCAGUCCGGAGAACUUCCUCUUCAGGAGCGGUGCUAGGGGAGAAGCUGCCGGGGGCUCGGCUGUCCCUAACCCUCCUGGUGGCCGGAAACGGGCUCCCGUACCCCAGCCCAGUCCCCACCACCCUCUCCUAGGCUGGACCGGCUGCCAUGUCUUCCUUGUCCUUCCAGAGGAGCAUUACGUGAUGGCCCUGUACGACUACACUGCCGUGAGUGACCGGAACCUGCAGAUGCUGAAGGGGGAGAAGCUGCAGGUCCUGAAGGGCACCGGAGACUGGUGGUUGGCCAGGUCGCUUGUCACCGGGAGAGAGGGCUACGUGCCAAGCAACUUCGUGGCCCCAGUGGAGACCCUGGAAGUAGAAAAGUGGUUCUUCAGGUCCAUCAGCCGGAAGGAUGCUGAAAGACGGCUGCUGGCUCCCAUGAACAAGGCCGGCUCCUUCCUUGUCAGGGAGAGCGAGACCACCGAAGGGUCCUUUUCCCUGUCUGUGAAGGAUGUCACUGCCCAGGGGGACAUAGUCAAGCACUAUAAGAUCCGCUCCCUGGACGAAGGGGGCUACUACAUCUCCCCCCGGACCACCUUCCCCUCCCUCCAGGCCCUCGUGCAGCACUAUACCAAGAAAGGGGACGGCUUGUGCCAGAUGCUGACCCUGCCCUGUGCAAGCGUGGCCCCGCAGAACCCCUGGGCCCAGGACGAGUGGGAGAUCCCCCGGCAGUCUCUCAAGCUGGUGCGCAAACUCGGGUCCGGGCAGUUCGGCGAGGUCUGGAUGGGUUAUUACAAAAACAACGUAAAGGUGGCCAUCAAGACCCUGAAGGAGGGAGCCAUGUCGCCCGAAGCCUUCCUGGGCGAGGCCAACCUGAUGAAGACCCUGCAGCACGAGCGGCUGGUCCGUCUGUACGCCGUGGUGACCAAGGAGCCCAUCUACAUCGUCACAGAGUACAUGGCCCGAGGAUGCCUGCUGGAUUUCCUGAAGACGGAGGAAGGCAGCAGAUUGUCCCUCCCUAGACUGAUCGACAUGUCGGCCCAGAUCGCCGAAGGGAUGGCGUACAUCGAGCACAUGAAUUCCAUCCACCGCGACCUGAGGGCCGCCAACAUCCUGGUGUCUGAGGCCUUGUGCUGCAAGAUCGCCGACUUCGGCUUGGCCCGCAUCGUGGACAGCGAAUACACGGCCCAGGAGGGGGCCAAGUUCCCCAUCAAGUGGACCGCGCCGGAGGCCAUCCACUUCGGGGUGUUCACCAUCAAAGCGGAUGUGUGGUCCUUUGGCGUCCUCCUGAUGGAAAUCGUCACCUACGGCCGUGUGCCCUACCCAGGCAUGAGCAACCCCGAGGUCAUCCGCAGCCUGGAGCGGGGCUACCGCAUGCCGCGCCCCGACUCGUGCCCGCCCGCGCUGUACCGCGACGUGAUCGCCGAGUGCUGGCGAGCGCGCCCGGAGGAGCGGCCCACCUUCGAGUUCCUGCAGUCGGUGCUGGAGGACUUCUACACGGCCACCGAGGCCCAGUAUGAGCUGCAGCCCUAGCGUCCCGGCUCGGGAGCUCAGGGUGACCGGGCAGAGGCGACCGCGGGGCGGCGCCCGUCUCCGGACAAAUCCGUGCGCCCCCCCCCCCCCGCGAAUUCCUGCGCGGCUCUGCUAGGCUCCGAGUGAGGACUUAGCCCAGCCCUCGCCGUCCACGGCGUCCACGUGUGCCCGGCAGUAGGUGACUGCCAUCGUGUAAGGCUCGGCCCGGGCACCGCGCGGGGUCCCUGUGCCCCAGAACCGGGUCCGGGUCUGGGUCCGGGUCCCCCAGGCGGCUGCUGGGCGGGAGCGGCCCCAGCGCCUUGGGCCCCCUCCGCAGUAAAGCUGCUGGUGGGUGACACGCCCGAACGCCGCACUGGACUCGCGCAGAUUGGGGGGCGGGGGUCACAGGGCCCGGGAGGCAGCGGACCCCCCACCCCGCUAAUACGCGCCUGCUUCGCUGCCCCUUGCGGCCGGAAGGCGGCGCCCUCGCCCCACCAAUCCUGGGCUCCUGGGGAGCACAGAACCAGGGUGGGAGCCGGCGCCUGGGGGCCUCGCCAGGAGGGGACCCCUCCCAGGCUCCGACACCCCGGGCCCACGCAUGAACCCCGAGUGGGCCGGGAUGGGGACACAGGAGGGGAGGCAGGAAGGCGGGUUCUGUUCUCCCUCCCUCUCCUCCCCCUGCCCCUCCCUCGCCUUCCCUCUUUUUCUGCUCUUCCUUCUUUUUGAGCAGUUGAGGUUUUCAGAAAGAUAAACGCCAAGUACACAGCGUCCCCAAAUGCCCCCAGUCUCCCAGUUUCCCCUGUUCUCAACCGUCUUCGGCUGGUGCGCCUCUUCGAUGGACUCCCGGCGUUGCUUCGUUGUUUACCAAAGCCGGGUCACCCUGGGGCCCCUGUGCAGGCCCCUGUGGGCGUUAGCCACGACCGUGUUACGCAGGAUAAUCGCACUGCCCGACUCCGUCUCCUCACCCCCUUACCCCCUUGACUUCUUGGCACCCACUUCUCAUGCUUUGAUCGCUCUGCGUUAGCUGUGAUGACCCACAAGGCAGGAUUAAUGGCACCAUCUGCACAGAGGGAGAAACUGAGGCACGGAGGGCCGUCACACACUACGCAUGAGUAGUGGGGGGGGCAGAUCGGGCGCUGCGGGGCUGUGGAGUGGGCUGAGGUCACCCUGCAGGGCUCAGGAAUCCAGAAGGCCGGAAGAAGGGAUCCCAGAGGGAGCUGCCUCGCUGGGGCCCAGGGCUGAGGAGGCCUGGCUCAUGCGAACUGAACAGAUGGGGACCCCAGAGAGUCCCUCCUCCUGCCAGUAGGGGGCACAGGACAGAGAAGGAUCCAGCCCUAGGGCUCCAUGGGAAGAGCAGCUGCCCUGACACAGCCUGGGAGCACCCAGGGGUCCUUGGGGGGGGAGGGGCAGAGGACCCUCUGAAGUGGCUUCCUAUGCUGUCCCUCAGGCAGAGCCGCGCCCACCCCCAUUGCUCAGCCCUGCCUGCACUGGAGAAGCACACGGAGGUAGCAGUAGGGGACACAGGCCAGUGGGGGGUGCAUUAAAAAUACCCGUGGACCUGGGCACCCCGUGUUACAGCCCCCUCCUGCGCUGAUGCCCACCCAGGGCGGAGGGCUGCUGGGCCAGGCAGAGCAAGGCUGGUGAUGCCCCUUCAACAGCGCUGGCUGCCAGCACCUAGGGGUGCCUGAUGCCCAGGUCCCGGCACCGCAGGCCCAGCUGGUGCUGCUCCCAGCUUCAAUGUGCAAGUGGUACCUGCGGAACCCGGAGAAGGAGCCCCGAGACCAGCAAGCCCCUUCCCCUCCUCCUCUUCCUCUUCCCCGGAAUGGAAGGGGACCGCGGCGACUUUCCCCCACAGGCGCUGCGCUUGUCCCCAUGGGCCCGAAGUGAAUACGUUCCCUGGGGUGUGCUCCUGUUCCACACAUCAGUAAAUUUAUCCAGGACAAAGGGCCUUCCGAAUCCCAGGCAGAGGGUGAAUUGUGAGGAUGGGGAGGGGUCACUUCCGCCCGGCACUGUGUCUUGCUAGCAGAGGGAAGAUCACCCACGUGGCUGUCCUGAGCAUGCUCCCAGCCUGGACCUGCACCGGUCACAGCACUGCUGUCCCGACCAGAGCUCUGGCGAGGACAGCUGGAGCCUGGGGACACCAAGCUGUCCUUCCUGGAAUGGAGGCUGUGCCCACCCUGUCCCUUCCUGGACCCAGGGAACAUCUGUCAUAUGAAUAACGGCAGGGCCUUAGCUCAUACGGUCCUGGGUUCAAACCCAAAGUCCAGGCACUUCCUGUCCCAGGACGUGUGACUGCGGACAUCACUAGACUCUGCUGAGCCUCAUUUCCUCAUCUGUAGAGCAGGCACAGUCAUGGCGCACACACAGACACACACACCCUGAAUAGCUCCUCGCCAGGCUGCAAGUGACAGCACACAAGCCUAGGGCCUGCCACGGGUACCUGGAGAAAUCGGCUCUUCCUGGUGGUAUUGUAGCCUCCAAAGCAAGGCUUGCCCUGGGCUCUGCAUCCUCUGUGAUCCCCGUCUCAGGUGCCAGCCUCUGUCUGACACUCUCCCCUUUGCUGCACUCUCCACCCUUGGGCGGGACUUCGCAGGCGCACACAGGGCUGGACUCGAGGGCCUGGGUCGGCCCGGCGUGUACCAGCCACAUCACUGUGGGUAGCUCAGUUCCAUGUUCCCUGGUCUCCUGGUCUGUGCACAUUGGGAAGCAAUGUCCCCCACAGGGUGUGUCCGGGACGGGGAGAGAACUUAGGAAAUGUCCCCCCAAAGUCCCAAAUGUGUCAGUGUAUCAGUGUACAGCAGGGCCUCAGUUUGCCAGACUCCUGUGGCUUCAACAGCUGACCUUUAUUUCCUCACAGUUCUGAAGACGAAGUCCGAGGUCAAGGUGAAGCAGGGCUGGCACUGUCUAAGGCCUCUCUCUUUGCCUCCCUCCCCAGCCCUGACAACCAUCAUUCCACUUUCUGUCCUGUGAUCAGAGUGUCUAAAUGCCUCACUUCUGUAGACUUGCAUAGCUCUUGUCUCAUGAACUGGCUUGUCUUACUUAACAUCCUAUGCUCUUCAUGCAUCCGGGUAUCAGAAACCUAUCUCUUUUUUAGGCUCUAUAACAUUCCGCUUUCUGGGUUUUAUUGUCAGCUUUCAUUGCUGUGAUAAAAUACUUGACAUACUCAA